UAGAAAUUGAUAUUUGUCAGACAAAAAACAACAAAUCAUUUGAAAAUGGCAUCCCGGGAAGAUUGGUCAGCAGAAAAGCAAUCAAAACUUUUACAAGAAGAACAGAGGGUUUCUGUUUUAAAUGAAAUUAAGGAUCAUUUAAUAUCAAUUCCACAGUCGGAAGCUUCUAAAGUUGCCAAUAGUUUUAACAUACCUCUGGUCUUUGACUGUUUAAAUAAUUCCAAUACAGAAGAAGUUGAUCUAGCAUGCGAAGUCCUUAGUUUGUUUAUGAACAACUUAAGCAUUGGAGAGAGCACAAAUAAAUAUGAUGUACCAUUAGAAAGAGCUUUACACCAUCCUUACCCAGGCGUAAAAAUAAUGGCUCUCAAUGAAAUACACAGAAACGUAUCAAAAGAAGAAGGUCUUAUAAAUGUGUGUCGAAGAAUUUCCUUGUUAAGUAGUGUAAUCCAAUGUGUUGGAGACAGUGAACUAGCAGUUGCUCAAGAAGCUGCAAAAAUUGUUUCGGAUGUUGGUAUUUCAGAUUUAGGCUUAAAAGUUUUGGUUUCUCGUGAUAUUGUUAAGGAGAUACAAGAAAUAAUGUGUAUAAAAUGAACUUGCAAGGCUGAGAGUAUAUGAGAUAGUUGUCAAUAUUUCUAAGGAAUCAGAGGCGAAUUUGGAGUUACUAAAAUCGACAGGCAUUGUAUCUAAAAUUUUAGAAGAACUGGACAAUAAUGAUGUGUUACUGAAAAUGAAUAUUGUGGAACUUCUUACUCAGCUUGGGUUGAAUAUACAUGGUUACAAUUAUUUAGAACAAAAUGGAGUUUUAAGCAAACUUUUUGCAUUAGUUGAAGAUGAUGAAGAUCAAAUGACUGUGAAGUUUUGUGAACCAGGUAUUUUAAAAUUUUUUGGACACAUGGCUCACUGGAAGCCCACUGAAUUGCUACUAAAAUACCCUAAAAUAUUUGACAGACUAUUUGCCAAUAUUGAAAGUGGUGAUCUAACGAUAGUAGGCAUUACAUUAGAUACACUAGGUAUUAUAGGAGUAACGACUGAAGGAAAAUGUGCUUUAAAAUCUACAGGAAACAAAAUUACGUAUGCUCUAAAAACCAUCAUGAAAUUGUUAACCUCAUUUCCAACUGACAUAAAGCUUAGAGCCUUGAAAUGCAUAGAAAAUCUUUUGUCAGCAUCUGGCCCCCAACCUAUUGUGAGCCAGAUAACAAUGAAGUGGUUUUCUCUACUGACUGACCAGCCAAUGGAUGUUAUUGUGAAAUAUGCUAAAAAUCCUUUCUCUGAAAUAAAGUUAGCUGGUCUGGGAAUUAUACAAACCAUGGCAUCACAACAGUGGGGACAAGAGGAAAUAAAAAAUAGUCCAGGGCUUGUUGAAUACCUUUUGGAUAGAAACAUUGAAGUGAUUAAAGAGUGUAAAGAAAUAAAUACGAAAUCAUUAAGCUUUUGUCUAGCAGUAUCAUUUUUGAUGAAUUUACUUUAAAAAGGCUACAGAAAUAUGUUAAGGAAGGACCUUUCUAUGUGGAAGCUAUUACGGAAAUUGCAUUUGAAAGCAAUGAAUAAAUGAGUGUUUUUUAUGUUUGUUCUAAUAUAUAUUCGGCUAAUAAAAUAGAUAUUUAUAUUUUAUUGUAAAAAUAAUGAGUUUUAUUUCACCUUCCCUUUUUUCUGUAAGUAUAGUGGGUGUUGACUUUUAAUAGAUCAAAUUUGAAUUCUGUGGAGACAAGAAUUGGGACACGGAUUUCCCCAUGAAAAUAUACAUAAGGAAACUUGGAAAUCUCCUGAUAAUUAAAC